AUGGAGGAGGCGGGGUCGUCCUGCGCCUCGUCCUCGAGGGCGGCCGCGGGGACUGCGCCGAGGAAGGCCGGCUACCUGGGCCGCUGCAGGAGCGUGGACGUCUUCGAGAAGCUGAACCGGCUCGGCGAGGGCACCUACGGGACGGUCUACAGGGCGAGGGACUCGGAAAGCGGCAGGGUGGUGGCGCUCAAGAAGGUGCGCAUUCACAACGAGAAGGGCGGAUUCCCGUGCAGCUCCCUGCGAGAGAUACGCCUGCUGAAGCGGCUGCGGCACCCCAACAUCGUCGAGCUGUACGAGGUUGCGUGCGGCCGGCAACCGGGGAGCAUUUUCCUGGUGUUCGAGUACUGCGAGCACGACGUGGGGGCGCUGCUGGACCUCAUGGAGCGUCCGUUCGCACAGGCGGAGGUGAAAUGUCUCGUGAUCCAGCUGCUGAAGGCCGUUGAGCGUCUCCACGCUUCCUUCGUUAUCCACCGGGACAUAAAGCUCUCAAACCUGCUGCUGACCAACAAGGGGCAGCUCAAGCUUGCCGAUUUUGGGCUGGCGCGGGAGUUCUCAGAUCCCCCCGAGCCCUGCACCGUCAACGUCGUCACGCUGUGGUACCGCGCGCCGGAGCUGCUGUUUGGCGCAAGACAUACCACCGCGGUGGACGUCUGGUCCAUAGGGGCGAACUUCGGGGAGCUGCUCAACAAGCGGCCCCUGAUGCCCGGCAGGGCGGAGGAGCACCACUGCACCUCAUCUGCGAGCUCCUGGGGACGCCCAGCCUGA